CCCCGCCCCUCUGCCCGGCUGGAUUUUUCCCCCGCGCCAGCAAGUACCGGGUCUCCUCUAGGCACGGAGAACUCCCCAAACUCUCAAGGAGCCACUGAGCCGCCCCCGUCCCCAGACCAUGAGGAGUGGAUGUAAGCGCGAGUCGGAUCGCAGGACCUUUAUGGACCAGGUGCGGGAGUGCAAGGACAGCGGCUACCUGCUGUCGGCCAAGAAGAUCGGUUCGGGGGCUUUCUCCAAGGUCUACCUUGGCUACGCCACCCACGACAAGCUACGACAGAACGCCAAGCUGGCCGCCGACCUCCACGCCAAGCGGCACACCAUGGUGGCCAUUAAGAUCAUCUCCAUGGCAGAGGCCCCAGUGGAGUUCGCCCAGAAGUUCCUCCCGCGAGAGAUCUACUCUCUCAACGCCACCUACAAGCACCUCAACGUUAUACAGCUGUAUGAGACGUACCGGAACAGCAAGCGUUCCUACCUGGUGCUGGAGCUGGCCCCGCGGGGAGACCUGCUGGAGUACAUCAACACCACCUCCGACCGGCGCCGGUGUCCGGGCCUGGAGGAGGAGGAGGCCCGGCGGCUCUUCCGCCAGCUGGUCAGCGCCGUGGCCCACUGCCACAGCACAGGCAUCGUCCACCGGGACUUGAAGUGCGAGAAUAUCCUGUUGGACGAAUGUGGCUUUUUGAAACUGACAGACUUCGGCUUCGCCAGCCGCUCAGCCAGGAAGAACUCGCUGCUGAGUACCUUCUGCGGGUCCGUGGCCUACACGGCCCCCGAGAUCCUAAUGAGCAAGAAGUACAACGGGGAGCGGGCUGACCUCUGGAGUCUCGGGGUGAUCCUGUACGCCAUGGUCACGGGGAAGCUGCCCUUCAAGGAACACCUGCAGCCCCACAAGAUGCUCCACCUCAUGCGUCAAGGCCUCACCUUCCGCCCCUCCCUCUCCUGCGAGUGCCGGGACCUGAUCCAGGGGCUCCUGCAACUGCAGCCCGGGGCCCGACUGGGCCUUCAGCAGGUGGCCACGCACUGCUGGAUGCUGCCCGCCACCUCCGCUCUCUUCUACAGCGUGCUCAGCGCCGCACCGCCCUCCCCGCCAGAGGAGCAGCUGGUGGCAGGACUGCAGGGAGGGGGCCAGCCCCCAUCCCGGCCCCCAGGACACAGCGGCGGGGCCGGCGACCCCGAGAAGAGUCCAGUGACGGGGGAGGAGGAGCCGGACACCUCCAAGACGGCAAGCGGAAGACCCUCUCCCCACCAGCUGCCGGCCCCGGCAGCCGACCCCGGGCAGGAGCCCCCCCCGUGGCUCCCCUUCUCCCAGCGGGGCCCCCACCUCCUGACUCCUGCAAGGCCGGGGGGCUUUUUGGACGAGGGCUUGGGACACAGAGCCUCCUGGGGCUCUCCUCCCCGUCCAAGAAGGUCCCGGCCCUCUCUGCCGGGGCGGGGGUCUGCAAAGCCUCCCAGCACUGACUGAUCCCCUAAACCAGCAGCGGGUGGGGAGGGGGGAGCUGGGCCUGCAGGGCAGAGCCAGAUAAAGCGUUAUUCAGUCA